CCGUUACACGGUCGGGACUGAAGAUCAACACACACCGAAUCAGGGUCUUAAUUCUAGUCGGGGGCCCGAGGCUGGGCUAAUUUUAGCCUAGCAUUCAGUAAAAGACCUGCUUGCGUUCGCUUGCGUUCCUCUUGUUUACUCUUUAAAACUCCUAAUUAAGACCGGUUAAAACAAACAAACACUCACAAACAAAACAUGGCAGUUGUCAACGAAAGUGCCCUGAAGAAGAUGCUGAAGCAAUACAAAUACAGAGACCUGACUGUUCGUGAGAUAACGAAUGUCAUCUCCCAGUACAAGGACUUGAAGCCGCUUAUGGACGCUUACGUGUUUAAUGACGGCUCCACAAGAGACCUGAUGAGCUUGACAGGAACUGUCCCAGUGAGCUACAGAGGCAAUGUCUACAACAUCCCAGUGUGUCUGUGGUUGUUGGACACUUAUCCCUACAACCCUCCCAUAUGUUUUGUCAAACCUACCAGUGCCAUGAUGAUCAAAACUGGCAAACACAUUGAUGCCAAUGGCAAGAUCUACCUGCCUUAUCUACAUGAGUGGAAGCAUCCGCAGUCAGACCUGUAUGGUCUGAUUCAGGUGAUGAUUGUGGUGUUUGGAGAGGAGCCUCCUGUGUUUUCUCGCCCCACCACACAAGCCCCCUACCAGGCCUUCCAAGCAGCUGGACCCCCUAACCCUUCCUACAUGCCUGGCAUGCCUGCAGUCUCACCCUACGGCCCAAAUGCCAACCCAGGAGGCUAUCCAGGAUACCAGUACCAAGGGGGUAACUCUUACCCAGCCACUGCUGGGCCUGCACACUACCCUCCACAGACUCCAGUUUCCACAGUGGGCCCGAGCAGAGAUGGCACCAUUGGUGAGGACACCAUCCGUGCAUCUCUGAUUUCAGCUGUGAGCGACAAGCUUCGCUGGAGGAUGAAGGAAGAGAUGGACAGAGCUCAGGCGGAGCUGGAUGCCCUGAAGCGAACAGAGGAGGACCUGAAGAAAGGACAUCAGAAACUGGAAGAGAUGGUCUCAAGACUGGACCAGGAAGUGACUGAGGUUGACAGGAAUAUUGAUCUGCUGAAGAGAAAGGACGAGGAGCUGAGUGACGCCUUGGAGAAGAUGGAGAACCAGUCAGAGAACAAUGACAUCGAUGACGUCAUUGUGCCCACAGCUCCGCUGUACAAACAGAUCCUGAACCUAUAUGCUGAAGAAAAUGCAAUUGAGGACACUAUCUUCUACCUGGGAGAGGCUCUCCGCAGGGGCGUCAUAGACCUGGAGGUUUUUCUCAAGCAUGUACGCCUCCUUUCCAGGAAGCAGUUCCAGCUUCGUGCCCUCAUGCAGAAAGCCCGCAAGACUGCCGGCCUUAGUGACCUCUACUGACCCACACCGACUACCUUGAAACGUUCGCAUCUUCACGCUCUCUUACUCUCUUC